AUGGCCUCUGGGCUCUUCGAGAGGCUGAGGCAUUACUAUCAUGGAGAUAAAGAACCUGAGCCUCUUAUUUCGGUAGCCACUGCCGUUUGGUGUUCGAUACUAUGCACCAUUUUAUAUGUUGCCCCAUUGUAUACCUCCAAGGCAACUAGGCCAGGGCCAACAUUGAGUCGUGAUGCGCCGUCGCUGAUAAAAGCUCGCAUCCGAGCAGUUAUGGUGUCCUGCUUUUUCUGCAGCAUAGCUACGUUUUACUUUAUCGUUCAUAGCGGGAGGAGUACUCCGCUGCAAGGCCUUCAACUCCUGGGAUGGUGGCCGAUUGGACUACCAGAAAUAGGAAAAAGCCUUUUGCUCACAGCCAUGUUGUUCAUGGGCCCAUUAUUUGAAAUGGGAAUUGCUGAAGGAAGGUGGAGGAACUGGGUUAGAGGAAGAACCCUGGUCCAAACACUUCGAUCCUGGACAGGCUGGAGGAACUAUGUUGCUGGCCCCAUAACUGAGGAAGUGACUUUCCGGUCUAUCAUCACCGUUAUCCAUUUAAUGGCAAAGAUGUCCCCAGGCAAGAUCGUGUUUCUGACUCCGCUAUAUUUCGGUAUUGCACACAUCAACCAUUUCUACGAAACCAAGCUGGCGCAACCGGACACUCCCCUUGUCCCAGUCUUUGUCCGUUCUCUCUUCCAAUUUACUUACACUACGAUAUUCGGAUGGUACGCCACCUUUCUCUACUUGAGAACGGGUUCUCUUCCGGCUGUUAUCUUGGUGCAUUCAUUCUGCAAUUACUGUGGUCUACCUCGUCUAUGGGGACGAGUUGAGACGUCCAUUCCGAUCGAGAGCACUUUGAUAAGGGCUUCUAAGUUCGAUGAGGAUGAGAACAUAUUUGGCAGCGUUGAUGGGGCAACCGGACUGGGCUGGAGUGUGGCGUAUUACAUCCUUCUCUUUGCAGGGGUGGGAUUGUUCUAUUAUCAGUUUUGGCCGCUGACGGAAUCUUCAAAGGCCUUGGUAUCGUUUUCGCCAAAAAUGCAUUAA